AUGCUUCGAUGUUCACGAUGGCUCACCAGGGCAGCGAGAACGCUCGCAGCCGUUGCCAACCCUCGCUUGCACCGUCGAGCCCUGGCAACCGUUCUUGAUUCUUCUCCCAAGUCCAUCGAGCUCAGGCAAUACCAAGAAGAAUGCAUUCAGUCGGUUCUCUCCUAUAUCAGCCGCGGUCACAAGCGCCUAGGCAUUUCUCUAGCCACUGGGAGUGGUAAGACUGUCAUCUUUACUCGCCUCAUCGAUCGUAUCGAGAAUCCGACGAAGGUCGCAACACAAACGCUCAUCCUAGCGCAUCGGCGUGAGUUGAUCGAGCAGGCAGCAAGACAAUGUGAGAAUGCAUAUCCCAGCAAGAGCAUAGACAUUGAGAUGGGUGGCAUCAAGGCAACAGGAACAGCAGACAUCACGGUUGCUUCCAUCAGUAGCCUUACGUCUGGCGACCGUCUGCUGAAGUACGAUCCCGCUCGUUUCAAGCUGGUGUUGGUUGACGAAGCACACCACAUUGUUGCUCCAACUUAUCUUGACGUGCUCGAGCACUUUGGCCUGUACCCGCAGAAGCAAGACUGCCCAGCUCUGGUCGGGGUCUCGGCAACCUUCUCUCGACUUGAUGGCAUGAGUCUGGGCGCAGUGAUUGAUCACAUAGUCUAUCACAAAGAUUACGUCGAUAUGAUUGAUGAGAAAUGGCUCGCAGGUGUGAGAUUCACAACUGUGGAAUCGAAGGCCGACCUUUCUCAAGUCAGGAGAUCUGCCAAAACCGGCGACUUCCAGAGCCGCAGCUUGUCCAAGGCUGUCAGCACCGAGGAGACCAACGAGAUCACAGUAAGAGCAUGGUUGUCGGAAGCGAAACACAGGAAGUCUACUUUAGUCUUCUGCGUUGAUAUUGCUCAUGUGGAGAGCUUGACACGUACCUUUCGCAAGCAUGGCAUUGACGCACAAUACAUCACAGGCUCAACGCCAACCAAAGAACGUCGUAAGAGACUGGAGGCUUUCAAGCGACAGCAGUUCUCGGUUCUGCUUAACUGUGCAAUAUUCACAGAAGGUACUGACAUACCAAAUAUUGACUGCGUGAUGCUCGCACGGCCUACACGUUCGCGCAAUUUGCUCGUACAGAUGAUAGGUCGGGGCAUGCGUCUGCAUCCCGGCAAAGAAGACUGUCAUGUCAUCGACAUGGUGGCCUCACUUGAGACUGGAAUUGUCACUGUUCCCACGCUCUUCGGUCUGGAUCCGGCAGAAUUGGUGAAGAACGCAAGUGCCGAGGAUAUGAAGGCUCUUAAAGACGAAAAGGACAAAGCAUCAGGAACGACUGACAUGCCUCUCAGCGACGCGCGGGUUUCCAAAACCACUCUUGACUUCACGCACUACGAUACUGUGCAUGAUCUGAUUGAGGACACGUCAGGUGAGCGUCAUGUCCGCGCCAUUUCACCCAACGCCUGGGUUCAGAUCGACAGCAACAAAUAUAUGCUUUGUCCACGAGAUGGUAUUUUGACCAUCACAAGCGUCGCCCCCUCUAGUCCAUCAAGCAAGCCGUCUUCCUACAGCGAGGGCUCUAACGAUCCUUUCACUAUCACCUACAAGUACGCCCUCCCACCAUCUGUCAAGUCAAAGGCCCCGUUCUCUACUCCUCGCGUCGUAGGGACGGCAUCAACAUUAAUUGCAGCCCUUAAUGCUGCCGAUACUUUCGCCGCCAACAAGUUCGAGCGUAUCUGGAUCGCCACGAACUCGUCAUGGCGCAAAUCCUCUGCGUCCGAGCAACAGCUGCAGUUCUUGAACAACCUCAGAAGUGUCAGCGAGGAGGAGCCGUUAACGCCCAGCGACCUGACGAAAGGCCAAGCAAAUGACAUGAUCACAAAGGUCAGGCAUGGCGCAAGAGGCCGCUUCGAGAAAAUGCGAGCGCAGAAGAAACGGGUGCAGAAAGAGAAGGACCGGUGGGCGAAGGAGCAGGAAUUGAGAGAGCGGGAGGUGGUCAAGUUGGGGCCCUUGGAUCACUGA